UUCCCAGACAAUCGGUCGCUCCCAAAACAAACAUUUUUUUCAAAUCCGCCACGCGACCCACCUUUUACCGCCAAGCCCAAACAGCGCAUCCCAACAUCCAACAUCCCAUUACAUAACAAAAAUACCCGACCCAAAUAAAAACAACGACGCGUCAAAACCACGCCUCACGCACUCAAAGAUAAUGAGUAUCUACAAAAGUUAUCGCAAAAUGUGUCCGGACGUGAUCGUCAACGAGCGCGUCACCAACAUCAUCAAAACUGUGCCAAUAAGGGUAGGUUACAGCACCAUCAGAGUCACCCUGAAGACUGACAAACUAACAGACAAAACGUUGACCUCCUGCGCACUGACGGCCUUGUCGGUAGUGUGCCGGAAGGGCUGCCUCGUUGACAUCGUAGACGUGAGCGUGAAGAGCUCCCCCAAAAACGAAAAACUGAGAGAAUGCAUCCCCGUCGAGAGAUUAUUCGCGAGGGAAGCGUUUUUUUACAACACGGUCUUGGUGGACUUGGUGGAGUUUCAGCGGGAUGCGGGGGCAAAAAAGGAGGAGGGGUUCCAAGGAGCGCCGGAUUUGAUAGCCGCCAGUUUGGACGAGGGAGAAGAGGCCAUCAUUGUGAGGAAUAAUGGGUCAGAGUGGACGCCCAGAUAUGAAAAGUGGGUUGGAGAGCUGACGAAAGAACACGUUGUGGCAGUUUUGAAGGAAUUUGCGAGGUUUCACGCGCUGUGUUUCGCUUUCGGGAAGGUAAAUCCGGAGAAGUUUGAGGGGUUCAAAAUGGAACUGCAAGGGGGAUACUUAAGUGGUUUGGAAAAUAAACACAGCUUGAAAAUCAUUCACGAAAAUUUGAGGAAUACUUUGAAGUUCUUCAGCGAUGAAGGGGUAGCCAAGAAAUUGAAGAAAUUUGACGAGGAAGUGGACAAUUUCAUGGAAAAUGUGUUAAAUGGUUCAAGAGAUGGUGAGGUUGUGGUUCACGGUGAUGUCACCACAAACAUGCUGUUUUGUUAUGAGAAAGCCGAAGAGAGCCAUGCUGUUUCAAGAGCAAAAUUCACCAACUGGCAACUGGUUAAAUUUGGAUCUCCUGUUUUUGAUCUGGCUGUGUUUUUCUUUACGAAUUGUUCGUCUGAUGAUCUCAGUAAUUUAGAAGAUUUUCUCAAGGAGUAUCAUAUUCAUUUGGCAACGUCCUGCAAGGAAUUUAAAUGCGACGCCGACGAUUUUUUUUCGUACGAAAAGUUACAGGAACAUUGGAUAAAAUACGCAAAGUUUGGAUUGGCUCUUACAUUUUUGAAUUUUGGAAUUCUGUCGCUGGAAUUUAGCAAAAGGCCGAACGCUAAUGUGGAAGAUUUAUCGUGUGAGGAGUUUCUUGAAAGUUUUGUUAGACCUCCGAAUGACGAUUUUAUUAGGAAGAUUAAAGAUGUGGCAAAAUAUUGCGUAGCCAAUGGGCUUGUAUGAGCUGAAGAUGAUAUUCCAUUUUACUAACUAUUCUAAAGGCUGUGCUAACUAUGUAUAGUUAAUGUUCUGACUGUUAGUGCAAAUAACGUGAGCUUUAACAAAAAUAUUUAUCUUUGUAUUAACUUUAUUUUUUUCAUAAAACCUUAAAACGUUGUAUCCGUUGCAGAAACUGUGCAGUUAUUUCGGCAGCAAACUUCAUAUGUGUUAAAAUUAAACCAAAAUAAACAGUUUUUCACAUUU